AUGUUAUGGCUGUCACGUCAUGUCACGCUGUUACGAGCUUGUUUUGUUUCGAUUUCGGGAACCAUGGUCAGGGAGAUAUUGGCGUCGGACAUCAGUCAUGGUUUGUAA